CUAUGGUAACAAAGUUUGGGUCAACUAGCAACGGCGAAGCUAACAUUACUGACAAUAUUGUUUGUAGUUUCACUCAGAAGCGACAGAAAGUUAGCCUGUGAAUUAAGUUUUGUAGUUUGUCAGAAAUAAAUCUGCGAAAGAUGAGGACCAUAACCUCAAACAGCGGUGAAGAGGAAACUGUGACCGUGAGAAGAAGUGAAUCAGCGGACGCUCAGGGCAUCGACAGCCUCAUCAGCCUCUCAGCUCAGGCGGUUUUUGGAAGGGUGAAUGUUAUUCAUCUGCUAGAGAAAGCCAACCUGGCCGUGACGUUGGCCAAUGAAAAGGACGACAUCCUGGCCCACGCCUCCUUCUUCGAUCACCCUGUUGGAGAUUUGGUGGAUCAGGCUCACUGGGAACCUUUCCUGCAGAAACACUUCAGUGCUGAAAACUGCACCCCUCUGAACACACUCUUCCUCCACCUUUUCGUGGCACAGCCGAAUUUUGCUGCAGCAAGUGCAAAGGAGAUAAUGAGAGCUGUCUUCAGUGCCGUCACAGAGCUUGAAUACAUCUGCCUGGUCAGCCCAAACAUCAGCGACAUAGAGUUGGCGCUGGGUGACGUGUUUGAGCCGAUGCAGCGUCUGACUGACCCGGGGCCUCAGUGCUUAGCUCUGAUCUGCCACAGACAGGAGCACUGUCCGAGGCUUCAUAUCCGCCCCUCCAGGGUUGAAGAUCAUGAUGACAUUAUGAGCAUAUUUGAACAGCACACAAAGCUGCUGUCAGUCAUCGAUCAGCCGUACUUCCUGGCAGAACUCAUCGAAGCUCAGAAUGAGGAAACUCACACAGCUGUUUGUCAGGUCGACGGAGCCACUGUCGGCUUCAUCAGUGUUACUGCUGAUGUCGAUUUGAAACAGCUGCACCACAACUUUGAGCUCAGUGAAUUCAACAAUUUGUACAAACUGCAGCAAACGAAACAUGACGCUUCUGCUCUGACCGAACCGAGAGAAGACGAAGAGGAAACAACACAAACACAAACCUCUGCUUCACACCAGCAGGAGGAGACACAGUCAGCUGGAGCAGGAGGGAUUUCAGAGAAACCCAACGCUUUCUCUGUUCAGCUCUUUGUUAUUGACAAGAAUUAUGAAAUGAGAUCAGCGGAUUUUAUUCCAUACAUAUUCAAUCUUUUCCCUGACCUGGAUUUCUGCAUCAUCACAGUCCCGACUCUCUCCCCUGAGUUUCCGUUGCUGCAGAGUUUCCUCAGGGUGCCGCCUCGAGCCACCAGCUCGCUGCUGCGUGAACUCUACAUCUUCCACCGCGCUGGGCUGAGGCCUGUGGAGGUGAGGCCAGCUGUGGCUGCAGACCGGCCUGCCGUCUCUGAUCUGGUAAAGGGUCUGAGACUGAACGAGUCCCUGCUGCAGGACCUGGACUGCUUCUACGAGACCCGCAGCGGCCGAGACGGGGUGCCGCUGCAGGCCUUCGUGGCUCAGGUGGACAGUCGGGUCGUCGGGGUCCUGAUCAUCAGAGACGAGCAGGACAUCGAGUUCAUCCGCGCCCACUACAACAUCGAGAACUUCAUCUAUUUCAGCCACCACGGCUACGAGGAGCACGCUCAGAUACGCCACUUUGUCCUCAGACCCUCCUUCCACCACUUCACCAGACACUUGUUUAAGGAGGUCCUCCGGCUGGCUCACACAUCCUGCCUGUACCACAGAGCCUACCCCCCCCGUCACAGCCAGGAGAAUUCCUGCGUCCACCAUCUGGAUUUUGUCCUCAACUGUGCCGUUCCUGUCCGCCCGCGACGCCAGAUCAUCUACCCGCUGGAGGAGCUUGGCAUCAACGCCCCGUCCAGGCGGAUCACCGAGGACCAGGCACCGUUCGCUCUCAGCCUCAUCAGCAGGAAGUUAACCCUGGAGCCAAAGGUUACCGUUAAUGCCCGGAUAGUGGUGGUGGGGGCGUCGGACGCAGGUUUAUCUUUCCUCGAGGUGCUUUGUUUCUGCCCUCACCUGAGGUUCAACAACCUGACCCUCAUCUCAACACACGGUUUCCCCGGCGACUACUCCCACGAGGACGCCGGAUUUCUGUCCACAAGUCAUGCAUACAGCAGCAGAGACUUGGCCCAGCUCCCUCUGCACUCCUGCGUCCGUGUGGUGAGUAAGAAGAUGGUGGGCAUUAACAGGAAGUCCAAACACGUCCUGGUGUCUGGUGGUGAGAAGGUGCCGUACGACCACCUCAUCCUCUGCACAGGCCUCCAGUACCAGGUGCCCUGUCCCUCUGGUGUGGACCUGAGCCAGCCGGUCACAAACAGCCAGCUGCAGCUUCAGUCCACUCGCCACAGAUACACCGGGCCCCUUCCCUCCAACCUCUUCACCCUCAACGACCUCUGUGACUGCAUGGCUGCUCGCCGCUGGCUCUGUGCCAACUUUGUGGAGCUGGAGGAUAACGCCAUCGUGUACGGAAACAACAUCGAUGUCUACACCACAGUGGAGACUCUGCUCAGCCUUGGUGUCCGUGGAUCUCGUAUCCAUCUCGUCCUCCCGCCUCCUGAACCUGCUGUCUCCUGCUUCAGUGAUCCAGCUGUGGAGAGAGCCGUGGUGUCGGCCAUGGAGAAGGCCGAGGUCCAGGUCCACCACAACUGCCUGCUGGCUCAGAUGAACAAUGGCGAACACCCUGACCCCCUCACAUCAGCGUCCUUCACCACCGAUGCUGAGCCUCUCCACCUGCACUGUGGUGUGUUCAUCAACCUCUCCAGUAAAGGAGUCGACUACGACGCCUUCAGGAGCAUCAACAGCUCCUUCCUGGUCUUCGACAGCAGACUCGUCAUAAACGCCACUUUCCAAACCAGCGACUCGGCCAUUUGCGGCGCCGGACCUCUCACCAGGUUCUCCCGCUGCUACUACACAGACGAGUGGUCGCACGCCAACUUCAACUCCAAGGAGGUGGGCCAGGACCUGGCGGCUGCGAUGCUGCCCCUGUUCGACCCGACGCUGGAGCCCGCGGACGAGCCGCCGUCUGAAACGGAUCGUCUCGUGCCGCUUUACAAACAGGCCAAGAUUCAAGGAGGGAAGCUUCCUGGAGGAUAUAACUACCUGCACGUUACUAAACCGUCUGCCACCGACCUGACAGCUCCUCACGUUAAACCCUUGCAGGACAGAGGGAUCGUGACCGGACGGGUGGAGACAGGGAACUACUUCUGUUUGCACCUCGACUGCUACGAGCUGGUGGAGACGCUCACCUGCUUCUCUCUGAAGCCCCUCCCCGUCUCCAAUUACCUGAGUCUGUACGGGAAACACCAGCAGCUGCUGGGCCAGCUGUUGACCCGCUACCACCAGGCCCUGAUCCACGACCUGUACAGUUUCUUCAGACAGAGCUGGUGUUUGGCCGUUUAUCACGACAGAUUCUCUGACUUUGAGCAGGAGCUUCAGCAGAUCUCCUCCGCUACACCCAAGGACGAGGAGUCGAAGCAGCAGGUGACGAUGGACGACGACGACGAUGAGGAAUCGAACGUCCUCCCUCAGGACAGGUUUACUGACGCUGAGAGUCGAGCAGCUCUGAGAAGCAGCGCCGUGAAAUAUCUGAGCUACAACAGGAACCUGCUGCCCAUGUUCGCCUGCCCAGGACAGCUGUGACUUUACAACAUCAUCAACAAGGUUUUUAACUGCACAAUAAACUGCUGAACUGAAA